AUAUAUAUGUGUGUGUGUAUAUAUUUUACCAUUUGAUUUUAGAAAAGAAAUAAACAAAUUAUACUAAUGUAAAUUAUAAUAAUUUGGAUAAAGUAUACGAUCAUUAUACUCGUUAUACCUUAUUAGAAACAUUUUUGCUGAAAAGUGUUAUAUCAUUAAUGACGUAAUCCUUUCCCUCUGAAAACGUGAAAAAAUGAUUAGGCGAUUAAUGUUAUACCAGACUAUUGUCACUCAUGACAAACAAUUAUUUAACCUUUUUUGUUACCGCGUAAUACUUUGCCUCGACUACAAUUAUAAUUUGAUUGUAAUUUGAUGUUAAUCCGCUUAGACGUGUCGAUCAUCUUUGCACGAUUAAGAAUUGUAGAAGGUAAAAGAAAAAAAGAAAAAGAAAAAGAAAAAAAAAAAUCAUUAUGAGGUAGAUAUUCAAGAUGGUUGCUGCGAAACUUGAAACAAACUCGAAAUCGUACAUGUUGCGCGUGAUCAUUUGCGGAGCUCUUCUCGUUUCCCAAGAUGUUUCAAUGAAAUUAAUAAUGAAUCAAUGCGAUUUAAUGCGAAAUAUAAAAGGCGAUUUAUAGUCGAACGUUUUGUAUAUUCAAAAUGUCUUUAUAUUCUAUGAUGAUGCAAGUAUUUAAUGAACUUACGAAAAGGCUGAUCGAAGAUGUGUCGAUAGGAUAAAAUUUGGUGUAAAAAUUUCUGCUAAUUAAUGUGUAUUAUAUCAUUUGAUAAAAUUUCAUAAUUCACAAAUUAAAUUUUGCAUAAGUGAUCACAUGAAUAUCAUUAAUUUUUUUCUAUUCGACAUUGAAAGAAAUAGUGUAAAAUUGUUUAUGAUAACGUACUUUUAAGUAAAAAUUGGACUGACUUAUCUAUAAUAAACGUAAUCAACUGUCUCUAAAUGAGACUUUAGUUGAUAGUGUAACCUUUAAAAGUUUCUUCCAACAGUGUCGACAAUUUUAGUGUCUUACAAAAACUAUUCAGAUUCAAAAACAUACCAUGUCUUGGAUAAGAGAAAGUACGUUAAAUUGUCUUCAGUACUUAGCUGUAAAGAUUUUAAAAAGUGGUCAAAUUCCUAAACAUGUAGCAUUUAUUAUGGAUGGAAAUAGAAGAUAUGCUAAUAAAAAUCAUCUUGAAAAGAUAAGUGGACACACGCAAGGGUUUCACAAAUUAGCAGAAACUCUACAGUGGUGUUUAGACCUUGGUAUUCCAGAAGUAACAGUUUAUGCAUUUAGUAUAGAAAAUUUUAAAAGGUCCAAGGAAGAGGUCAGUGGACUUAUGGAACUUGCUAGACAAAAAUUUCAAAGUUUGUUAGAUGAGAAAGAAAAGUUGAUGGAACACGGUAUAUGCGUGCGUAUUAUAGGAAAUUUAGAAUUACUUCCGGAGGAUCUACGUAAAUUAGUGGCAGAAGCUAUAGUCAUUACCAAAAAUAAUAAUAAAGCAUUCCUUAAUAUUGCCUUUGCUUAUACAUCAAGAGACGAAAUGACACAUGCAAUUAAAGAUAUAUUAAGAGGUAUUAAUGACGCGGAUCUUCUACCAGAAGAUAUAAACGAAGAUCUUAUUUCUAAGUGUUUGUACACUUAUAAUUCCCCAAAUCCUGAUUUACUUAUUCGUACUUCUGGAGAAAUUCGUCUUAGUGAUUUUCUUAUAUGGCAGGUUAGUAACAGUUGCAUCUAUUUCGUUGAUGUAUUAUGGCCUGAAUUCAGUGCUUGGGAUUUACUUGGUGCAAUCUUUUAUUAUCAAAGAUGUUAUACAAAUUUACAAACUAUUGCAAAAGCACAAAAUAUAACUAAUUAUAAUAGCAGAGUUACUAAUUAUCUUAAUAAAUUAUAUCACGAACGACAGACUAUGCUGCAAAAUAUAUGUGCUUCAGAAAUUCUAGCAUACAAUGGAAAUAAAUGAUCCAAAAAUAGAGUAUAUACAAUUAUCCACCAAAAAUAUAAUUAUACAGAGGAACAAAAAAAAAA